AUGCAGCUUAUCAACGAGCGCAAGGAGGUCCUUCAAGGCACGAAAUCAACCAGUGCUCCGGCUCAAGAUGUGUCUAGUCUGAAAAUCAAUGGCCGCAGGCUCAUGUCUUCGCUCCACGAGUCAUGUGAAUUUGGAAAGGCACACCCUUAUGGAACACACCAGACAGAGACGGGGAUGGCUCGUCUAGCUCUCAAUGACGCUGACAAAGCCGUUCGACAGUGGUUCGUGCAAGAAGCAAAAUCUCUGGGUUGCAAAACCACAGUCGACCAAAUGGGCAAUAUCUUCGCUGUCCGACCUGGGAAGAACUCAACAGCGCCUCCUGUCAUGAUGGGUUCGCACUUGGAUACCCAACCCACGGGUGGGCGGUACGAUGGGAUACUUGGUGUGCUGUCUGGCCUGGAGGUGUUGCGCACCCUCCAUGAAAAUGACUACCAGAGUGAAGGAAGUAUUGGAGUUGUCAAUUGGACCAAUGAGGAAGGCGCCCGCUUCCCAAUCAUUACAGUCUCUUCAGGCGUAUGGUCUGGUGCAGUUCCAUUGGAAACUGCAUGGACGUGCCAGGAGGCCACACCAAGCCCGGAUGGCCACAGAUACACCAUGAAGGAGGAACUGGAGCGCAUUGGCUUCUUGGGCAGCACCCCUGCAUCUUACGAAGCCCAACCAAUUGCCGCUCAUUUUGAGCUUCAUAUCGAACAAGGUCCUAUCCUGGAGGACGAGAGACGCAGGAUCGGAGUCGUCACCGGUGGGCAAGCUUACAAGUGGUUCGAGGUAGUCGUCCGUGGCAGAGACAGCCACGCAGGCACAACGCCAAUGGCGGCGAGAAAGGACUCCGUCCUGGCUGCUGCGAAGAUGAUUGUCGAGUCGAACAAGAUCGCAAAAGCGCAUUCCGGGCUAAUUACAACUGGCCUUGUCGAGACAGACCCGGGAAGUAUCAACACCAUGGCGCACACUGUCCGCUUCACUAUUGAUAUGCGGCAUCCUUCGGACGGUGUACUUGCUGAGAUUGAAAAUGAAUGCCGGAAAACCUUCAGCUCGAUCGCCGCAGAGGACAGUGAGAGAGGAGUCUCGCUGGAAUGGAAGCAGUUGGCCGCAAACCCAGCAGUGAAGUUUCACCAAGAUUGCAUUACCAUGAUUGAACAAGCCGCGGAGGAGACGGUUGCGGAUCUACCCAAGAGUGCCGACGACGGGAAAUUAUGGAAACAUAUGGUCAGCGGCGCUGGGCACGACAGUUUCCAUACAAGUCGAAGAUGUCCGACUGGUAUGAUCUUUACACCAACGAGGGAAGGACUGUCACACACACCAACGGAAUACUGCAGUCCUGAAGACUGUGCACUUGGCGCGCAGGUUUUGCUUGGGGCGGUGUUGAGGUACGAUAGGCUGCGACUUGAGAGGGGAAUGCUUGCUUGA